AUGUCGACCUACGCCGAAGCCGCUGCAUCCUCGGGCCCUACAGGAGCCCAGAAACUUCCCGAGCCUGCCAAAGUGCAGCAUACCACCGAGCCCCACGGCGGCGUGGAACUAGUGGACAAGGAGGAGUUGGAAGAAAUCAAGAAGGAUGCCAAAGAACGGGCACGUGAUGCUGUCGCCAAGGGCAAGAAGACUCUUGGAGACGUUGCUGAGGUGUCCCGGGAGGAUGCCAAACGCCUCAAGGAGGAAGGAAAGUCGCUUUGGAGCCAGGCGGUGGCCUACGCCAGCGAAAAGUACGACGCCGUUUCGCUGUACGUGCGCCGCAACGUCAACUCGGACACGGUGGCUGCUGCUGGCCGCGAGUUGCAAAACCCUGCGGUUGUGGGCCAGUUGGCGCUUAUUGCCGGUGCUGCCACUGCCGGAUCGUACGUGUACUCGGAGCGUGCUCGCAUUAGAAGCGACAACGGGUAUGUGGUUGCUAUCCAUGCCGGCUUGAUCACGGCGUUGGUGUUGGGCGAUGUGUAUGUGUUCCGCCGGUUGUACGCGAGAUCGAAGCGUGCUUAG